AUGGCCAUCAAAGCGAGCAUAGCAUUGAUGCUGCUGAGGCUGUUGGUUGAUGUCACACAACGCACGAUCCUCUUGGUGGUGCUCGCUGUGACCGAGCUGUAUAGUGCAGCUUUCUUCUUGCUGUUCAUCUUCCAGUGUUCGCCAGUGUCCUUCUUUUGGACACGGUUCGCAGGAGCUGAGGGUUUCUGCCUCAACACUUCAGCUGUCACUGGAGCGGUCUACGCCUACUCCGCUAUCAUGUGCGUAGCGGACUGGACGUUCUCGAUCCUGCCAUUCAUCAUUGUCUGGAACCUGGAACAGCUGCCCAAGCGAGAGAAAGCGAUGGUCGGCGUGAUCUUGGCUAUGAGUGCUAUUGCAUCGAUAGCCACGAUCGCUCGCAUCCCCUACAUCCACACGCUAGCCAACCAGGAUGACUUCCUCUACGUCACAACUGAUGUCGCCAUAUGGUCCUGCACCGAGACCGGUCUCGCCAUUACAGCGUGUUGCUGUGCCACACUGCGUCCUCUGUUCCGACAUCUGCUCGAUCAGGCGAGGACGAAAUUCUCUUCCUCGCGUACGUCUGGUCGUGGUCUCAAUCGAAGGACACGAUCGUGGCAGCCCUUGCCUGCGCACAGAAGAGGGAGUGCCUCGGUCAGCACAGAAGCUAUCCACCUAUCACCUGAUCUCAAGGGUGGGAAAUCGGGCCAACAGUAUAACAAAUGA